CUACGGCGUGGAGAUGUACCUCGGCUCAUCCCCGGUCCUGACCUCGGGCUACCUGGGUCAGCCCUUCAUCCACGACUACUCCAGACUACCGCUACAGGCCGCGUCGCCCCCUGCCAGCCCAGCCCCCUGCAGGCCAGCCCCCUGCACACCUUCUGGGGCCACAGCGCCAACGCCAACUGCAACGCGAACUUCAGCAGCCUCAGCAACAGCAACAACAACAACAACAGCAACAGUGGUUCCUCGUCUUUGUCUUCUUCCUCUUCUUCGUCUUCCUUUUCCUCUUCCAACAACAACAACAACAACAGCUACAGCCACAGCCACAGCAGUCACUUCCCCAGCAGUUUCAGAAGCGGGGUCGACGGGGGUCCGCUGUCGGCGUCCUGCUCGUCGGAGUACAGCCAGGGACUCUUCUCCAGAAACACUUUUCGGCGGGCGAGCAGUAGGCGGUCCCCCCCCAAGAAGGUGGUGGAGACGCCCACGCUCACCUUGCAGCCCAUCAAGUCAUGCCUCGUCGCACGCCAGGAGGACGAGUAUGAGCAGGAGGGCGCCGUCUCGCCGACCCGGUUAAAAAAGAGAGUGGUGUUCGCCGAUGACCAAGGUCGCCCGCUCACAGAAGUCCGCCUCCUCACAGAACGGUCCGACUGCCCGCGAUGGACCGCCGACUUCCUGGAGCAGGUGACCGGCGGCGCCAAGGCGGAGGCGCUGGCGGACCAGUGGGAGCUCGCCUUCCGCCAGCCGGCCUCGGACUACCUGGGGAUGAAGGCCCGGUUAGAGACCAACAACGUCUCGCUGGAAAACGUGGUGAUCAAGGAGUCCGAAGCCAGAGUCACCGGCACGGUUAAGGUCCGGAACCUGUCGUACCACAAGCAGGUGAAGGUGCGCUACACGACCAGCAACUGGCUCGCGCACGACGACGUCUACGCGGACUACGUGCCCUCCGCCGCGACCGCCACGGGAGCCUCCUACGACCUCUACGACACGUUCACCUUCGCCCUGCCGCUGCCCUCGUCCAACCAGGCGGACAAGCUGGAGUUCUGCGUGUGCUACACCUGCAGCGACGCCGAGUUCUGGGACAACAACAACAACCUGAACUACGUGCUGGUGUCUUUCCGGCCCAAGGGCGCCAAGCAGCAGGAGGCCAAGCCCAGGGACGCCUACCAAGUGAACCUGGACGCGUGGAGCGAAUUCGCGUCGUGGAACCACCUCAGCGUGGACGACUCGCCCUACUGGUGAGGUGAGGCCCCUGGGGGAGGAGGAGGAGGAGGAGGGGGGGGGAGCGACGGAGAGGAGGAGGAUGGCUAUGCGAUGCGGUAGGAGGAAGAGGAGGGAGAUAAAUAGGAGGAGGAGGAGGAAAAAGGAAAAGGAGGAGACAAGAAAAGCAUACAAAUUGAGGUGGAGGGGGGAAGCCGUGGACAGACAGUGCGGAGAGAGAGAAUCCAGACCGGAGAGAAGGAGAGAGAGACAGAAAGAGAGAGAAAGAGAGAAGAGGGAGAGAGAGAGAGAGAAGUGUUCCGUGUCUUCAACAUAGGCCCAGAGGCGACGGCGAAGGACGGUGACCUGACCAAGAGACGGACAUGGAGAGCAGAAGGAGAAAAAUGCAGAAGGAGAAAAAUGCCUUAGGCCUCUGGUGGUGCUAAUCAACGUGUACAUAUUUAGAGUUCUGUCGGUGUGUGCGUAGAAGAAUGAAAGUCUUAAGGAAGUGUAUCUUCUAUAUUAUAUAUACAUAAAUAAUCGUAUAUCUAUUUUAGUCCAGUGGAAGAAGUAGAAAAGGAGGAAUUUAUUUGGCCAAGAAGCUAAAGAAAGCAUUCGGAUGUGGCUGAAAAAUAAAUUAUAGUUUGAUUAUAUGUAUAUGUAUAUAUAUAUAUAUAUUUUCGUAAAUGUGGAUUACUGUCAAGUGCCUUUUAUUGUAAAGGUCUCGGCAGACAAUUGGAAAAGGGGAGAAAAAAAUAAAAAUAUAUUGGAACAACAAAAAUGGCCGGAGGAAAGACAAUGAGAGACAAACAAUAAAAGAUUGAAGAAAAAGGGAGGAAAAUAGGAUAUUUAUCUGGUUAAUCUCAGUGCUGUGGAUUAAUAUAUAUAUGUAUGAAUCUUCGUCGUACCCCAUCCCCACCCCCUCCCCCCCUGCCGCCUCCGUGUCUUUCAAGUGUUGCCAGAAUAAAAGAAGAAAAAAAAUAAAAGUGAACAUUUUUUUGAAGGGGGGGAUAUAUAUAUAUAUGUGUGUGUGUGUGUGUGUGGAAAAUAAAUAUCAAACUCGUGAAAAUACCCUCAUUUGUUCACCUUCUAUAUUGGCACCCCCCCCCUGUCCUUCUAUAUGGGCACCAACCCCCCCCCUCCCCACCCCCGCUCUCCGAUACCAAAACCUGGCGCCUUUGAUGUUGUUACCAAGUCAGCGUGGGGGGGGGGUAAAUGAUACAAAAGGGGAGGGGGAUCCUACGUAUAAGCCCCCCUCCCCCCUAACCUAUCCCGCUCACCUAUCCCGCUCGUCCUCCUCUAACACCCCCCCCCCCUGUGAUCCGCUACCCCUACCCUCUCCUGUUUCCUCCUCCUCCUUUUCCUCCUCCUCCUCCUCCUCUUCCUUAUCCUCCCCCUCCCUAGGACUCCUUCCACCCCUCCCCCCUCCUAUGGAAAGAGGAGGUGGAAACAAGAUAGACAAAGUAAAGGCAAAGGAAAUAGAAAGAGA